UGAAUCACACCUAAAUGGUAUAAUAGUGCCGCAUUUAGGAUAUUUAAAACCUCAGUUUUAUGACACAACAUUGCCUAUUCAAGCAACUAUUGUUGUUGUUGUUGUUGUUGUUUUUCUGUCUUCUCAUUACGCAAGAUAGAAACUUUUUUAGCUUGCUUAUAGUCAGAAUCGAUUUCUUUAUUUACUUAAGUGUCCCCGUUCAAGGUACCAUACUAUUCCAGCAAUUGUUAACAGACAAAAAACGCUCAAAGCAGAGUCGUGACCUUAUUCGUCUCAGUUGCCAUCCAGGAAAAAGAGACACCAUGGGAAAAUACAGCAUAGGCGCCAUUCUAUGGGCGUACCGUUCCACCAUCAUAAUGAUAGCUACACCGCUACUUCUUUCACCAAUUCCGAUAUACUUCAACGUGGCAGAACCGACCUACUGGCGGGAAGCGAACUGUGCCUACAUCCUGGCCAUUAUGGCAGUGUUUUGGAUGACGGAAGUGAUUCCUCUGGCCGCCACAGCGCUCUUCCCCGUAGUUUUCAUGCCAAUUUUCUCUGUCAGUACUUCGGCUAGAGUGUGCUCACAGUACCUUAAGGACACUAACAUGCUAUUUGUUGGAGGGCUGAUGGUGGCUGUCGCAAUUGAAAAGUGGAACCUCCACCGCCGCAUUGCGUUAGGGGUGCUCAUGAUAGUGGGAACAACCCCGCGGUGGCUUAUGUUGGGGUUCAUGCUCCCUACUUGGUUCUUAUCAAUGUGGAUCAGCAAUACAGCUACGGCGGCCAUGAUGGUUCCGAUAGUUCAAGCUGUACUGGUGCAGCUCAGGGAAACCACUGCUGAGGAUACCGAGGAGAAAGAGCAUCGCUCCUCAGGUUAUGAUAACCCUGCAAUGGAAUACGACAAUGGGCAGGCUGUUACUACGUUCACUGAACCCGACGAAUCUAAGGAAAAUAAUGGCGAAAUCACCCCUAGCCCCUCAGUAGGUGGCAGCACUAAUCACAUUGAAGGCAACAAGGUUAGCGGCAGUAAGGCUACUUUGGUAUCAGAUGAAUCCGAUGAGCCGGAGGAUCCUGCCUACAGUAAGCUGUGUAAAGGCAUGUACCUGUGUAUAGCCUAUGCGGCAAGUAUUGGUGGAAUAGCCACACUAACUGGUACCCCACCGAAUCUUGUGAUGAAGGGACAGAUAGACAUACUGUUCGAAAAAUACAACGACAACACUAACACGAAGGUGACAUUUGGUUCGUGGAUGGUGUUUGCUCUACCUAUAUCUGUCAUCUGCCUUGUGAUAGCCUGGCUGUGGUUACAAUUGCUUUUCUUAUGCAGGAUCGGGGGCUGCAAGCGGCAAUCUAGAGAUAAGAGCUACGAGAUGGGUACAGGGGAUACCCCGCAAAAGGCAGAUGAGAAAGACCAACAGAAAAGGGUAAAGUCUGUGAUACGGAAAGAGUGGCAGAAAAUGGGCAGAUUGACACUUGCUGAAUUGAUACUGCUAAUCAUGUUUGUGAUCCUCGCUGCCCUGUGGUUGUCACGUGCUCCUGGCCAGGUGGACGGAUGGGGGAGUCUGUUCAAAGCCAAGUAUGUGUCUGACGCAACCCCAGCCAUCUUAGUUGCGCUCCUUCUAUUCAUGUUGCCAGCCAAAGGACUGUGGUGCUUCUCCGGAAAGAAAGAUUUAAAAAAUACUAUUCAAAGUGUAAUGAAACGCUUUGUUCGAAUUCAGAAUAGUUGCCUUGGUUACUUAAUGGUUCUUUCGUCGCAAUGUGCUCGUAUUGUUCCAGACCAGAAAAAGCCCGGCCCUAGCCCUGCUCUUCUAGACUGGAAAACGGUGGAGAAGAAUUUCCCGUGGGGGGUGGUCAUUCUGCUGGGUGGAGGCUUUGCUUUGGCGGACUCCGCUCAGCAAUCGGGACUCUCUAACCUCGUUGGAAAAGCAUUUGAGGGCUUCGGAGAUAUCAACCCAGCAGCGAUGGCCUUCGUUAUAGCUGCGGUGAUCGCAGGUGCCACAGAAGUGACCAGCAACACGGCCACCGCCACCUUACUUAUACCUAUCAUUGGAGACCUGGCUAUAGCCAUAGGAAUACACCCCCUGUAUCUCAUACUACCGACGACACUGGCGACAUCUUUUGCCUUCAUGUUGCCGGUUGCCACACCGCCGAAUGCUAUUGUGUUUGCGUACGGGGCACUCAGAGUGGUGGACAUGGUUCUUGCGGGUAUCGGAAUGAACAUCAUAUGUCUUGGUGUGGUGGCACUGGCCCUGAACACGUGGGGCACGGCGUGGUUUCAGCUGGAUGUGCUGCCAGCAUUCAUGCAGAAUGCGACAAUUAUCUCAACUACCACAAUCUUACCAAACACAACUGUGGCACCUCCUUUGAACUGUACCUGUCCUUGA